CGCGCGAGCGGCCGUCUUAGCAGCCGUCGUGGAAACAGGAUUUCCGUGGUUGUGCAACGGCAUCGCGCUUCCGCGGAGAGGCCUGGGCUCCGCGUUCCUCUCCGGCCCGGCCCCUCGUCUCCGGCAGCCCAGCCAUGGCCUGGACGGCGGCGGCAGCGGCGGGGAGCCGUGGGGCCCGCGGCGCGCUCUCGGCGCACACGCUCCUGUUCGACAUGCCGCCCGCGCUGCUGGGCGAGCUCUGCGCUGUCCUGGACAGCUGCGACGGCGCGCUCGGCUGGCGCGGCCUCGCGGAGCGACUUUCAAGCAGCUGGCUGGAUGUUCGUCACAUUGAAAAAUACGUAGACCAGGGUAAAAGUGGAACAAGAGAAUUACUUUGGUCCUGGGCACAGAAAAACAAGACUAUCGGUGACCUUUUACAGAUUCUCCAGGAGAUGGGGCAUCAUCGAGCUAUCCAUUUAAUUGCAACUUAUGGAGCAGCCUUGAAUCCUUCAGAGCAGAGUCAUCAGGGAAAAGGAUUUCCGAUCAUGUUAUCCAAGGAAACAGCUAGUGUCACAGUGGAUAAUGUUCUUAUUCCUGAACAUAAUGAAAAAGGAAUAUUGUUUAAAUCCUCCAUCAGCUUUCACAACAUCAUAGAAGGAACCAAAAAUUUCCACAAAGACUUUUUAAUCGGAGAAGGGGAAAUUUUUGAGGUAUACAGAGUGGAAAUCCAAAACCGAACAUAUGCCAUUAAAUUAUUUAAACAGGGGAAAAAAAUGCAGUGUAAGAAACAAUGGAAGAGGUUUUUAUCUGAGCUUGAAGUUUUACUGCUGUUCCAACAUCCAAACAUAUUGGAGUUGGCUGCAUAUUUUACAGAGAGUGAGAAGUUUUGCCUGGUUUAUCCGUAUAUGAGAAAUGGAUCACUUUUUGACAGAUUACAGUGUGUGGGUGACACAGCCCCACUCUCUUGGCAUAUUCGAAUCAGUAUAUUAAUAGGAACAACCAAAGCCGUUCAGUACUUGCACAACACGGAACCGUGCUCCGUCAUCUGUGGCAGUAUAUCAAGUGCAAACAUACUUCUGGAUGAUCAGUUUCAACCCAAACUAACUGAUUUUGCCAUGGCACACAUCCGACCCCACCUAGAACCUCAGAGCUCUGUCAUAAGCAUGACCAGCAACAGCAGUAAGCAUUUGUGGUACAUGCCAGAAGAGUACAUCAGACAGGGCAAACUUUCUGUUAAAACAGACGUCUACAGCUUUGGAAUUGUAAUAAUGGAAGUUCUGACAGGUUGUAAAGUGGUGUUAGAUGAGCCAAAGCAUAUCCAGCUGAGGGAUCUCCUUAUAGAAUUGCUGGAGAAGAGAGGCCUCGAUUCAUGUAUCUCAUUUCUAGAUAAGAAAGUACAUCCCUGUCCUCGGAAUUUUUCCGCCAAGCUGUUCUCUUUGGCAGGCCAGUGUGCUGCAACGCGGGCAAAAUUAAGACCCUCGAUGGAUGAAGUCCUAACUGUUCUUGAAAGUACUCAAGCCAGCUUGUAUUUUGCGGAAGAUCCUCCCACAUCCUUGAAGUCCUUCAGGAGUCCUUCUCCUCUGUUCUUCGAUAAUGUACCAAGUAUUCCAGUGGAAGAUGAUGAAAACCAGAAUAAUCCAUCGCUGCCUCAUGAUAAAGGUUGGAGAAAAGGGAGAACGACUCAGAAAACUCCCUUUGAAUGCAGCCAGUCUGAGGUUACAUUCCUGGGCUUUGACAGAAAGACAGGGAGUGGGAGGAAUGAGGACAUUUGCAAUGUGCCCAGUUCUCCUUGUGAAGAAAGUUGGUCUCCAAAGCAUGCAGCUCCAUCCCAGGACUUGAGGGCCUCUGGUGUGAAUAUGGACCCUUCUGCAGAAGUUCCAGGGCAUUCCUACAGGAGCAUGCCAGUGGAGACUAGCUGUUCCUCUGAAUUUUCCUGGAAUGAAUGUGAACAGUACAAAAAGGCAUCAAUUUCACCAGAAGAUAAAGAAGAAAGCAAGUAUUGCUGAGGCACCUGAGUACAGGUGUCAUCUUGGGAAGACAUUGUCUUUAUCGGUAGUGCCAAGAGGAUGAUUGAUGGUGAAUUUGGGUAAUGCAGAUCAAUGAUCUGAACAAUUCCAUUCCAUUCCUUCCAACUUGUAGAACAGAGUGGCUUAAAAUUUUGUUAUAGCACAAUCAUUGCCUCAUGAUCAAACCUGGACUAAAUGAGAACCAUUCAGAAUUACUUAAGACCAUAGACUCUGACUUCAGACAAACAAAACAAUCAAAACCUACCAAAAAGGAAGUGGAUUUCAGUGUCUUCUCCAUCAACAUCCACGUGAGUCCUCAGAGCCUCCAGUCUGCCAAGAACAUUCAGUUCAGUUGGAUUCCAUUGUUUUGAUUUAGCUUGCUUACGAAGGUCGUCAGAAAUGUCUAAUUUGUAAAUGUUAAUAGAUACCAUACCUUUUUAAAGAAUUGCCUUUUUGCUUAUUUCAAUCGAUUCUUAGUAUAUUUCUGUUCAUCCCUGUCAAGUCUGCCUAUCUGAACAUGAGCCAUGACAUGCCCAAGAUCUGUAUUUCUGUAUUUAAACUCUUAAGAUAGUUUAUCUCAUAUAAUAUUGACUAUUAUUACAAUUUUUUUUACAUAGAGACUAUUAUAUCCUGAGUAGAAUGUAUGAAAUUUUAGUCAAGCAAUUUUUGUUCCAAGAAAAUGGCUGGUCAUAAAGGCCUAGGUCAGUUUUUUGUUUGAUUCCAACUCUGUGCCUUUACUCCUGGUGUUUACUGGAUCUCCCCCUUUUGAAAUCCUACCCAGUCUUUCAGGGCCCACCAUAACUGCCAUCCUCCAGGAAGCUUUCCUAAUCUUUCCAGCCAAUAGUACUCACUUUAUCAGCAUUUCCAUAGCAAUUUCUUUUUUUUUUUUCCAUUUUUAAAGAUUUUUAAUUGAAGUACAGUUGAUUUACAGUGUUGUGUUAGUUUCUGGUGUACAGCAAAAUGAUUCAGUUAUACACAUAUAUACAUAUUCUUUUUCAUAUUCUUUUCCAUUAUGGUUUAUUACAGAAAAUUAAAUAUAGUUCCCUGUGCUA